GGGCUUGGUAGGGGUCUCCCCCCAUCUGGGGGGUCAUGGAGCCAUGCAAUGCUUUGGGUUCAUGGGGUGUAGGGCAGAGAUGGUCCCACUCCCAGCAUCCAGGGGUUGGGGUCCCACUCUGCACUGAGACCCCCCCCCUACAAUGCUGGGGUUUAGGGGGGGGCACACAGCUGUGGGUGCUGUGGGGUGGGUUCAUUCGAGGUCCUGCAUUUCUCACCUGGUUUAGAUGGGUCUAUUUUAGGGGCUGCAUAGCACAUAGGGCCCAUAGGGGGGACACGGCACCCCACAGCUUUACCCACCCCCCAACACCUCCCACCUGGGGGGCGAGGAUGGAGGCAACAUCCCCACCCACACAGUGACCCCCCAUCCUCACCACGGCCCACAUCGCCCCCCAUCCCCACACUGACUCUUCAUUCUGACCCUUCCAUCCCCCAGAGGACCCUCUCAUACCCACAAUUGACCCCCCCAGCCCCACAGCGAUGCCCCCAUCCCCACCAACAUCCCCCCCGGCCUCAUUGUGGGCAGCAGGAAUGGAAGCACGGGGAUGCUGCGAGCAUCCUGCAUCCCUUCCCGACCGCAUCCCCCCCUCCCCAUCCCUUGGGGCCAUUGGAAGUAGCCACUCCUUCCCCCCGCCCCCCCAUCCCCCCCCCCACACCGGGCCCUGCUCCCCGUUCCAUAGCGGCCCAUUUUGGGGCCGGGGGCUCCCGUUGCGGUGCGGGCUGGAGGCGUUUAGGACCCAACAUCCCGGCGGUGCGGGAGCAUCUCACGCCGCAGCGGCUCCAGCAGCACCGGCCCCGGCCCCGAGCAUCCCCGCCCGGCCCCGCUUCGGGCCCAUGGACCCCCCCGCCGCACAGCGCUGCCCGGCGGAGAGGAGCGGGGAGAUGAGCUGGGUCUGGGGGCACCUUCGGGUGCACUGAGCCCUGCAGGACCCACCGCGGGGCCAUCGGAGCACACAGCGAUGCCCCACAACCCCACACCAUCAGCCCUAAGGAUGGACGACCGGCCGCAGCGUGGAGCCCUCCCUAUGGGGCUGGAGCGGCUUUAGGUCCCGUUGGGUUGUACAGCCACCCCCAGGAGCCCCCAUGCCCCCUAACGGCACAGACAGCAGAGCUAAAGACGUGGCUUCCAGAUCAGUGGGGCUGUUCUUCAUGCUGCUCAUCGACCUGACGGCCAUCGUGGGCAACGCGGCCGUGAUGACCGUCAUCGUCAAGACUCCGGCACUAAGGAAGUUCGUCUUCGUGUUCCACCUGUGCCUGGUGGAUUUCCUGGCCGCUCUCACCUUGAUGCCAUUGGAAAUGCUGUCGGGUUCGGCUGUAUUUGACAGCCCGGUGCUGGGUGAAGCCAUGUGCAGGGUCUACCUGUUCCUCAGCGUCUGCUUCAUCAGCAUGUGCAUCCUGUCCAUCUCCACCAUCAACGUGGAGCGCUAUUACUACGUGGUUCACCCCAUGCGCUACGAGGUGAGGAUGACGGUGGGGCUGGUGGUCUGCGUGUUGGUCGGGGUCUGGUUAAAGGCCGUGGCCACGUCGUUGGUGCCGGUGUUGGGUUGGUUGGCCCCCGACCGCCCUCCGCCCGCAGGCCGGGGCUGCUCGUUGCAAUGGAGCCGUGGUCCGUAUUGCAAGUUCUUCGUGGUCUUCUUCGCCGCUUUCUACUUCCUGCUGCCCCUCCUCAUCAUCGUGGUGGUGUAUUGCAGCAUGUUCAAGGUGGCUCGCGUGGCCGCCAUGCAUCACGGCCCCCCUCCCACCUGGAUGGAGACCCCCCGGCGCCGCUCCGAGUCGCUCAGCAGCCGUUCCACCAUGGUGACCAGCUCGGGGGCGCCCCGCACCACCCCGCAAAGGACGUUUGGAGGGGGCAAAGCGGCCGCCAUCUUGCUGGCUGUGGGCGGCCAGUUCCUAUUCUGUUGGCUGCCCUAUUUCUCCUUCCACCUCUACACGGCGCUCAGUGCACAACCCUUAGCGGGGCCGGCGGCCGAGACCGUGGUCACUUGGCUGGGUUAUUUCUGCUUUACCUCCAACCCGUUCUUCUACGGGUGCCUCAACCGGCAGAUCCGCGGUGAGCUGGGCCGGCUCCUCACCUGCUUCUUCAAGCAGCCCCCCGAGGAGGACCUGCGUCUGCCCAGCCGGGAGGGCUCCAUCGAGGAGAACUUCCUGCAGUUCCUACAGGGCACCGGCUGCCCCCAAGAGCUGCCCCCGCCGCCUCUGGGCACCCCCAGCCCCAAACGGGAACCGGCGCCCGUCGAUUUUCGCAUCCCGGGACAGAUCGGGGAUGAAGCGGCCGAAGGGACGGAGCGGACGGGGGGGGCACCGUGAGCAGAGCGGGGCUGUAGCGUGUGCGGCUGCGGGUGUUAAACAAGGAUGGAAGGGAA